AUGGUUAUGGUGCAGAAGAGAGGGUUUUGGGCAUUGCGGCUGAUGAGAGGCGUUCACGAUGUUGUGGGCCAUGCGCUGACUCUCGGAGAGUACGCGACUGUUGUGCGAUCGUCUCGAGUGGCUGCGAGUUCCAUCAUAGCUUCUCAGGAUGCUACAUCUGAAAAGCCGACGUCCUUUCAACAGUCAACUCAAUCUAGUCAAUCGAGCCAUACACCCAGUUCGUGGCAUACUUCGUUUCCUAUACCACCGACUGCUGAUCCGACAUCCCCCGCCGCCCUCUCAGAGCAAAUACGAUCCAUCAUGCGACUACUCCCACACUCCGUCGUCGUCUGCACCUCAACACAUGGACAAACUCCAAGAGCAAUGACCAUGUCGUCAUUUACAUCACUCACUCUCUCGCCAACUCCAUUGAUAUCUUUCAACAUUGCCACUCCGAGCCGAACCCUCGACGCCAUAAUAGAAAGCCGCCACUUCAACAUACACAUCAUGUCAGGGGACGAAUUAGGCGUGCAAGUAGCAGACAGAUUUACAAGGGGCAACACAGAUGAUGUGUUUGACGGGUUAGAAUACGAUACAAGCAAGACGGAUGGAGCACCUCUGCUGAGAGGCGAGGGAAUCAUGUAUGCUCUGAGGUGCAGGCUGCUACCCGAUGAACCCACGAGGGGUCUGCUAAAAGUCCGGGAUCAUGUCAUUGUUGUGGGAGAAGUGGUGGAAAUGAUACCUGGAAGCUGCGCGAACAAGUUUGGGCUGUCGUAUGCGGAUCGAAAGUAUCGCCAGAUUGGGAGUGUGAUUUCGCAAGAUUAA